CACACUGACACUUGCACGACUUUGUGGCACGCAUUGGCACGAACUCGGUCGUGCCAAUGCGCAAACUAGUCGUAAACUCGCGUGAAGUGUUCGGAAACUCGUCGUGACUGCAUCACAUGUCGGGACGAAAAUUUUGAAAUGUUUAAAAUUUUGGCACGACAAAUUUUUCGUGACGGGUUCGUUAACUAUGCGCAAACUGUUCGUGAACUUGUCGCGAACAGUGCGGGACAAUGCAGGAGGAUGCGCACCAGUGCGUGCCAGUGCGCGCCAUGCCACGACAUGCACGACUUGCCACGCAUUGUUCACGAACUGUUCACGAACUGUUCACGACAAGUUUGCGACAUGUUUACGCAUUGGUGCGCGUCGCAGCAUGGUCGUGCGUUACCCCUGACACGGUCACGUGUACUUCACGCCUUGAUGGCACGAACAGUUCACGACUAGUUCACGCACUUCACGAACAGUUUGCGCUUGGCACGAGCAGUUCACGACGAGUUUGCGAGUAGUUCACGACUAUUGCGCAACUAUUGCGCAACAGUGUCGCUCGCGUCAAUGCGGGGGUAUAUAAUAGCCACUUCUCGCCAUUCCACAACUUGCCAGCAAGCAGACAACAUGCCGAAGACGAAACAAAUAGGUGGAAGAGCAAAGCAGAGAAGGCCACAAGCCGACAGGCCAGAAAAUAUUGGAGCAGAUCCAGAGCCAGAGACCGCUGAGAGAGAUAAGUCCCUCCAGUCAUCCAUAUCAAGUGUCGAUGGCAUCCCUGAGACACAGCAGGAUACACUUGACACCCAGAGACAGCCAUCCAGUGAGGAAGAGGCUACCCGGCAGCAGAAGAAGCGGGUCCGGGUAUCCAAGAAGGAAAUCCCUGAGUACCGCUGGACAGAUGAGGGGGAGAGGGGGUUGGCUGACCUCAUCAAGGAAUACCCCCAGCUGUAUGACAAGAAGCAAAAGGAGUGGCUUAACGUGGCGACCAAGAACAGCCUGUGGAACCGAGUCGGAGAGCAGCUGAAUCCCCCUGCCACUGGUCCCCAAUGCAAGAAGCACUACGAGAACAUGCGCACCAGGGUGGGGAAGAUCUUGAAGAAGGAGAAGAAGAGUGGGGCAAGCCAGCCUGAGAGGAGUGCCCGUGACGACGAGAUCAUGGAGACUUGGAGUUUCUUAACACAGCACAUCGUUCGGGGAAAGACAAUCCCCAGUGAGCAGUUUGCUGUCCCCGAAUCAGCCACAGUGACGAGCAGCGACGAUGAGGAUAAUGAUGUCCAGUCUACAGGGUCCCAGAGCCAGGCAUUUACUACAACAGGCAAGGGCAAGGGGAAGCGGUCCAGGCCCCCAACAACAGAGACAGCCACCACAACCGCCGUCACUACCACCACAUCGGGGGUCACCCACAUUGACCUCAGUGAAGCUGUCAGGCAGAUCCUCUCCAAAGCAGACUCCCAGGGCGCCAGCCACUCCUACACCGGCCACCAGAAGAUCGUCCAUGAUUUCGUGUGCUUGCUGGAAGGGCACAUGCAGGGCAUCCCGGAGGAAUCCUGGCACGAGUUCCAGAUUGACUGCCUCAACCUGGUCCACCGUUACAGGCAGCGGCGUCCGCUCUUCCAGCAAUCACAGCAACAACCACCCAUGAUCUGGCAAGGCCCACAGCAGCAGCAACCCUGGCAGCCCCUUCAGCAGCAGCAGUUCUGGCACCCCCCUCAACCGGCCACCUGGCAGGCACCGCCACAGCAGCAGCAGCAGCAGCAACCUCCAGCAAGUCAGCCCGCACCUCAACCCUGGUUGCCGCCCCAGCCACCACUGGCCUCCCAGUCUUCAGGGUCGGUAGGCAGCAUCCUAGAGAGGAGUUCACCCUCAACCCCCUUCACCUCCAAGGACCUUAACACCCCGAAAGUCCACCGUGUAUCCCCAGGCAGCGGUCCCAGCAUCAGCAAGGACACUGAGUGA